AUGCGGCUCGCGCCCCAGACAGCCUGGCUGGCUCUCGUGGCGGAGGAGGCUGGUGCCUCCCUGCUGUAUGAUGCGACCCGGCCGAGGCAGCUGACGGCGGCAAGCACCCCUCGGCGCCCCUCACAGGCGGCCUUGGUUUGCUUCCUGGGCCGGAGCCGGAAAGACCGAGCGUUACGCUACCUGUUCCCGGACAACCCAUCACGCAAAGUCGGAGGGUUUAACCUGCGGGUCGAUCACCGCACGUGGCCCACAGAACGACCGAUUCUGUUCGCUGAUGGGGAUCCGCUCCGGGACUGCCAGUUGCCCGACACCGAGCUGCUGGCCCGCGACGAGCCGAUCCCCAUUACCUGGAGCUCCGACCCGGCUCUGCCGCUGCAGGACGUCAUUGUCGCAAGAUGCUUGCUUCCCUUCGCUCACGUCACAUGCAUCUUUGCUGCAGACCUCGGGGGACUUCCCAGUGUUCGCCGCCUCUUGAAUCGAUGGGCGGUAGCGGGCCGUGAUGCCACGCGGCCGUCGCUGCAGACGCGUAUCAUUGUCCUGGUUGACGCGGACGAGGUGUCCGAGUCGGAUGGGCAGGCCUUGUUCCAGCAACUGGACGGAUCAGAGCUGUACGCGAGCGUGCAUCUGCUCCCGGUGUCACGGGGCGACGUGCUCUCCGACGAGGCGAGGUAUCGCCCAGUAAAGGAAGAGAUUCUCAAAGCCCUGGACUGGGCGACCCGAGAGCGAGUGACGACGCAGACAUCUUUCUUGGCGUGUCAUCUGGCCCGCUUUCUGGAGGGUGCUAUCCGCCACACGGCUCAGGACCACCAGAAGCCGUUUGAUCUGAUCGCAGCGGGCCGCCCCCAGCCCCGACCAGCCGAGUGGGCUGCCUGCAUCGGGGACUUUCUCGAGCGGACGCAGGCCAUUGGCUCCGAGACGCAGGACCAGCUCCUUGCCUCGAGUCUCCUGCUGGACGCCUACCCGCCGGAUACACACGGAUUCCACCCGCGCGAUCUGUUCCGCCAACGCUACCGACAGCCCUGCCUGGACGCGCUGCGGGGGGUUGCAUGUUCCGCUGCAGCCACGGCUCGCGCCGACUCGAUCGAGUCACGGCUGGUUGACGCCCAUGCAUGCCUGCUGGACCAGGACGUGAUUCCGUUAGCGCUCCAUGUGCAGCACCUGACCGAAUGGCGGGCGAUUUUCGAACGUCUCCACAGCAACCGUACGUGUUUGGGUUGCCUUCUGUGCCGCCCGCAACAUCCGCUGCCCUGCGGCCAUGCCCUGUGUGACCGCUGCAUCGAGCGUUACGGUCGACCCGCCCCGCGGAGAGAGUCGGCCUUUGUCGUCGAGACCUGCCCACUGUGUCAAGCUCCAUGCGUCACAUCGGUGGUUCUCUUGCCUCCCACCGCGGCUGUGCGUGCCCUCGCCGUGGAUGGGGGCGGCGUUCGUGGCGUCAUCCCCAUCCGAAUCUUGCUGGGCCUGCAACUCAUCCUGGGGCCCAAAUGCUCCCUUCCGGGGCUGAUUGAUGUCGCAUUUGGCACCAGUGCCGGCGGGCUGAUCAUACUCGACAUCUUUGCCAAGCACAGAUCCGUGACAGACUGUCUGGAGGCUUUUCAGCGCCUGCUAUUCCACUUCUUCCAGGGUCCACCAUGCAGUCGUCUGUUCUCAUGGCCACGCCGCAUGAUACGCAGUGCCCUGGGCCGAGGGCUAUACGACGCGAACGAGCUCGAAUCGCUUCUCCGCGCCCACUAUAGCGAUACACAGCGGCUUUUCAGCCCAGAGAGUAGGUCAGAGACCAAGGUCGCGGUCACCACCACCACUGAAGACGGUACGGCACUAGUGACUAAUUAUAAAGCCGCGACACUGCGGCCCCGCAAUGUUGGCUACCGUAGUGUGCUUGCGAAGACGCCGGAGGAAGAGCCGUUGCUCUGGCAGAGGCUUUUUCGCCCGCUGGUGCUGCCCGCGCUGGGCGCCUGUUGGGACGGGGGCCUGCGGCACAACAACCCAGUAGCGCUUUGUCGCCAGGAACUGCAAUACAUGUGGUCCUGGCAACCCCCACUUGGUAUUCUCAUUUCCAUCGGCACGGGUACGCGAGGAUCCCGCGCGAACAGUCCCGGUCCCGAACGGUCGUGCGCACCUGCCCCCCGUAGCCAUUUCGUCUGGCCGGUGCUGCGUAGCUUCCUCGAGACCAUGGACGGCAAGACAUUGUGGGAUCGCUUCCGCAACCAGGCGGCCGCGGCUGACCAGGACGCCUUGUCUCGACUGGACAUCUGCCUUGCGGGACCGGAGCCCCGCCUUGAUGCAGCCCAUGCCAUGGACGAUCUCAUCCGGCAAACCGUCGAACAGGGGGUGGGGAGACAGGGGCGCCAGUGCCUGCUGAGGCUCCUCGCGCAGAGUCUAUUCUUCGAACUGGUCUCCGUUCCGGAGCGCGAGACGGGCACUCCGUCGUACUGGUGCGUCGGAACCAUUCGGUGCCGGGUCUCCGGCGAGGUCUUUCUGAGCGCUAUCCAACGAGUCGAUGCAUGCCAGAUGGACUACGUCGUUGGCGGCAAGCCUCUGGGCAUCAGCGUCACGGAUGGGGCCACCUGCGCAAGGUGCGGGCGGUAUUGCGUCCCUGUCCGGUUCCGCGUCCGCCGUCUGAGCGACACCGUUUCCCUAUCACUCCGGCUGGACGACGGGCGACAGGUCCCCGUGGGCGGGUUCCCUAACCCGAUGGAUUGGUUUCUGCAUCGGCAGGGAUUGUCGCUUGCAGACGGCGUGACUGAACCUGGAGCCGCGUCCCGGGACGAGUGCGUGGCGUGUGAGCGCCGACUUGCGCUGCGGCGGGGUCUGCGGGUAACCCGACUGAAGGCCAGGCGGAUGGUCCAGAUUGCACACGCAAUAGCUUGUGCAGCAGAAGAGGCCCAGGUUACUUACGAAUAA